GACCGCUGUUACACUGUGUGCUGAAGUUUUCCUCAUUCAUAUUGCUUGUUGAGCACAGCACAUCUUCCCAUUCCAUCUCCUUUCUUGCCUGCUGCUCUUCUCUGCUGCACAGCCUCACGCUCAGGCAUGAACACUGGAAUCUCUGUGAUAGUGCUGCUGGUGGCUCUUUCCAGCAGCAGCUGCUUCUCUCACCACACACACUCAGUGGAAGAAGGGCAGUUGGAUGGAGGUUCUGUAGACGAGCACAAACGCCACACCCGUGCAGUGCCCCCCAAUGGCCAGCUCAACUUAUUGUCUAAAACUCAAGAUGAGAACGUGGAGGAGGACGCGGUGCGCAGGCUGAAUGAACUGCUGGCUAGAAUCAUUUCCAAAAAAGGUUCAUAUCGCAGGAGUCCAUCCCUCAACAGCAGGUCCAGCCACAGAAUAAAGGACAGAGACUACUUGGGCUGGAUGGAUUUUGGCCGCCGGAGCGCUGAGGAGUAUGAAUACUCUUCAUAAUAUCCAAUCCCCCAAACAUCAUUUUUAGGGAAUUAAUCAAUCUGCCAACUAUGUGUACAGAGAGAUACACUUGAAUUCUUCUUGCCAAUCAAGUCAUUGUUGGAGUGCCCUUUCUUCAACUUAUUUCUAAUGUAAAUUUGUAUAAUGAAGAUGAUGCAAUAUAUGAUUAUCUAUGUGUAACUCAUACAGAUUUUACAUGCACUCACAUUUUCAAGGGGGAAAGAAAUGUGCUCUGUUUUAUUUAUUUUCUUCUGUAUAUGAUUUUGUUCUAGCAUUAGAAAAUCUGUAAGAUGUUUGAGAAUAAAUCAUUGCCUUAA